GAUCCAAGUAUUACAAGUUGCUAUUGCUACGCUCCUGUUGAAAAUACCGUUAUAUUCGACAGAGCGUUGAACUACAAAUGAUUCGAACCAGUAUAGUGAAGACACCUGUGAUAUUUUUUGAAACGGUACUGACAAAUACAGUCGUACACGUUGCAUUUUUGCAAAGAAAAUAAUCAUAUUGAGCUGAUUAGUCACAAACAUAGCGACACAUAAAAUAUCGUUAUAGUUGAGUGUAAGAUAAUAAUAUAAAACUGACGAUAACGAUGCUAGCUUGCAAAUGGUAUAAACGAAGUUGUUAGUAUAUGUAGUGCAAUUGUGAGACGACAGUUGUGUUUCUCGCUUCGAUAAUACGCAUUUAACUAUUUUAUUUAAUUGUAAAACUGUAACAAAAUAGAAAACGAAACAAAAAUAUCAAAUAAACUUGUAGCAUAUUGACUUUAGAAGAAUGUGUAAUAUAAUGUGUGAUAAUAAUUAAAUUUUACAAUGAAAGAAAUAAAAAUGGAAUUAAAAAAUGGACAUUCCAUGGAGAAGAAUAAAAAAUCAACAAAGAAACAAAAAUCGACAUUUUGGGCCUAUGUACUGUGGUUAAUCGGUGGUUUAGUUGGCGCGCAUCACAUAUACUUGGAAAGAGACGCACAGGCUUUUGUAUAUUUUAGCACUUUUGGUGGAUACUUUGGUAUCGGAUGGCUUCGAGACAUCUAUAGAAUUCCUUCAUACGUGCGCGAUAUAAACGAGGAUCCCAGUUUUAUAAGUGAUUUUAAACAAAAAGUUAGAAAUAAUCAUAAGCCGCCAUUCUCUACAGUACGAUUUGUUACUGAAAAUGCUGUUGCAUAUUUAUGGGCUGAAAUAUUUCGUAAUGCCAUUCCAGGAGACGAAAUAUACGGAAUUAAUUUUAGACAUUUACUCAUUUUAACACCUUUAGUUGUUGCUUUAGGUGUUUGGACGAUCGGAAAUAUCGGCAGGGAACAAGGUUCCAUAUGGAUUGCUCUUUGCUCGGCAUAUUUAUUGUAUCCAACGCUAACCUAUAUCGGAGAUGACAACAUGUGGGUAUUUCUGAUGGUCGUUGCUGCUAGUAUAAGUUUCGAUACAUUCAGCAAGCGAUGGAGACUAAAGCCAAGGAAGAGAAAAAACAUCGUUCAAAGAAUCUUUUAUCUCGGUUUAGCUGCUGCACUUUACACGUUUUUACUAGGAUCAUAUCUAUACUUUAAUGCUGUUGUUACCGAUAGCGAGGGCGAAGAGAUCAAAUUAUCGGAAGCUAUUCAACACUUUUUAACAUCCCCUAUAUGGCUUGAUCUUAAGGCGAGUCUCGAAGCAACAUGGAAUCAAGCGAAACAUCAAGGUUUCUGGGCAACAUGGGCACAAUUGAUAGAUCUCACGGAUCCUCGAGGAGAAAUAAACGCUUACAAGAUUUUAGGUCUUUCCCAAACGGCCACGCAAGCCGAAGUAACGUCUCGUUGGAGGGCACUCUCGAGGGACAAUCAUCCGGACAAGAUAAAGGGCACUGAAGAAGAAAGGAGGCAGGCUCAAGAGAAAUUUAUGGAAAUUCAGCAGGCAUACGAGAUUCUUUCAAAAGCGAAGAAUCGCAGACAACGUCGAAAUAGAAAAUCGGAUGAAUCGUAAUCAAUAAAUCUGUGGCCAGUAACUUGGAGAUAUGUACAUGCACAAUAUGGUACAUGCGAUUCAUCAAAAGUGUGGAUCAAUCAAAGUAUUUAAGUUAUUGAACAAUCAUUUUAACAUACGAUAAAAUUAAUGGUAAGCAAAGGCAUUUUUAUUAUAUUAAGGAUAUAUGAUGUUCCGAAAAUAUUCCGUAUCUCGUAAAUAUUUAUAAUAGAUUUUCUUGAAAAGAUUUAUUUUUUACUUUACAAUAAUAAAUAACAAACGAGGUACGGAGACAAAUUGUUUUCAUUCAUCGUAACACACAAAACUUCGUUGUGAAGCAUUUGUUCUACCUCGUUAUUCCGUAUACUAUAUAGCAUAUAGGUGGACUUUGUAUUUUUAUUGAACGCGUUAUUGAUUCAUAAAAUUUGGCACUGCUCGCGUUCGAACAUUAAAUAUAAAUGUUAAUAUGUAUAUG